AUGGCAGCCACGGCGCAGGCUCCGGUCGCGGACCCGGCUUCGGUGGAGGAGCAGCGGGGCGGCGGGCCCCCGGCGGGGGCCGGAGGGGCCCCGGGGGAGGGCGGCCGGCCCCCGGUGGAGGGUGCAGGGGCCCCGGCGGAGGGUGGCCAAGAGCCCGUGUGUCUCAUCGUACUCGGGAUGGCGGGCUCCGGGAAAACCACCUUCGUCCAGAGGCUGACGGCCCACCUCCACUCUCUGAAAGCUCCUCCCUACGUCAUCAACCUGGACCCAGCCGUCCACGAGGUCCCCUUUCCGGCCAACAUCGACAUCAGGGACACGGUGAACUACAAGGAAGUGAUGAAGCAGUACCGACUGGGGCCCAACGGGGGCAUCGUCACCUCCCUCAACCUGUUCGCCACGCGCUUCGAUCAGGUGAUGCAGUUCAUUGAGAAGAAGCGGCAGAACCACAGGUACGUCCUGAUCGACACCCCGGGUCAGAUCGAGGUCUUCACCUGGUCGGCGUCCGGAACCAUCAUCACCGAGGCUCUGGCCUCGUCGUUCCCCUGUGUGGUGAUCUACGUGAUGGACACGUCCCGCAGCGUCAACCCCGUCACCUUCAUGUCCAACAUGCUGUACGCCUGCAGCAUCCUGUACAAAACCAGGCUGCCCUUCAUCCUGGCCAUGAACAAGACCGACAUCGUGGACCACAGCUUCGCGGUGGAGUGGAUGCAGGACUUCGAGUCGUUCCAGGACGCGCUGAACCAGGAGACGUCCUACGUCAGCAACCUGACCCGGUCCAUGAGCCUGGUCCUGGACGAGUUCUACUCCAGCCUGAGGGUGGUGGGCGUCUCCGCGGUAACCGGCUCCGGAUUGGACGAGCUGCUCCUCCAGGUGCAGGACGGAGCCGCAGAGUUCGACAGAGACUACCGGCCCGAGUACCAGCGGCUGCGCACACAGCUGAUGGAGGCUCAGAGCAGGAAGCAGCAGGAGCAGCUGGAGCGUCUCCGCAGAGACCUGGGAGCCGUGGACGUGUCCGGGAGCCCAGACGUUGCCAUGGCGGCGGGGCCCAGUGACCUCAUCAUGAACCGAGGUAACCCCCCAGAGGAGGAGGAGGAGGAGCAGGAGGACAGCGACACGGACGACAUCGACCACAACGGUGAGGCACCUGGGGGGGGGGGGGGCGCCCUCUGACCUCUGACCAGAGAUAAAGUA